AACAUAAGUUGGGUUUUGGCGGCAUGCUUGUCUUGCCCUUUUCGGUUUCCGCCUCCACAUCACGACAGCGAAAACUCCUCUGUUGAUCGCCGCUUUAAACCGUAGCCAAAGACGGAACUUUGGGUUGUUUUCUUAUACCAUUGCUAAAGCAAAGCAAGACCCAGAGAACAAAAAUGGAGAAACUUGGAGCUAGUUCAGAAAAACCCAAGACCCAUAAACGAAAGCUAGACAAAAGGGUGAUACUAUCAUUGACGAAGCCUUCUUUUCUUUUAACACUGGGAAGAGUCCAUAUUCGAUGGGAAAAUCGACAAAAGCUGUGUUAUCUGUUAGAGAAACUUGUAAAGCAACAUAAUUGGGCUGAGGCAAGUGGGAUUUUAAGCUUGUUGCUUAAGGGUACUUCGAAUGCUUGUUCUGCUGAUUUGAAUCGCCUCAAGUAUUCGGUUUCAAUUAGGCUUCUUAAACACAUCGAGGGGGGUCAUGUUGACAUAAGAAGGAUCAGGGACAUCUAUGAGAUUUGGAUGAGCAGGAUCAGGUCCAAGACCGUGCAAGUAGAGGAGCAGAUUGCACUUCAUUUGGAGUUCAUGCUUUUCUGCCUUACACAUGGGAAUCUUGGGUGGGCUCAUCAAGCUGCUUUAAGCUUGAUGAAAGAACAUGACUUUAGUUGCCACCCAAUGUCAAAUUUGGUCAUGGGCUUGACGUUUUGUCAGCUUUGGUAUUCCAAUCUCACUGAAGAGGUUAAGAUGAGAGAUUCAAACCAGGAUUACUUCCCUCAGCAAUCAGACACUUCAGGAUCAAAAUUUAGCAACCAAAUUGUUAGCACAGAGGAAAAUUCUGCAGCUUAUACUCUUGAUGCUGUUACCUCUCAAUAUAAUUCAGAGACAUCUGUCAUGAAAGAUAAAAGAAAAACUCUGGUGGCUGAUAGCCAGCUACACAGAGAAGUUCCUGUUCAGAAUGAUGUUAAUCUACAGAGUGCACAUCUCCCACAAGAGGUUGAGCCGCUGGGCUCCUACCAGAACUCUGCUGAAAAUGAAGCUGGUUUUUAUAAUGACAGUGGCUAUACAUGUGAUCCUUCAGUUUUCUCUGCCCUUGAGGGUCUAGAGUCAUGGUUGAUGCCUUUCCAGUUGCCACAUUCUAGUGAAAACUUUGCAUAUUUGCAUAGACAAAUGCUUAAUAAUCAUUAUAAUGAUGCUGUGAAGUAUCUCCGCCUUGCUUUUCACUCUGUACCCCCUUUAUCAGCAGCCUUGCUUCCUUUGGUGCAGUUGUUGCUGAUUGCAGGGCAAGUGAAUGAGGCCCUAAGUGAAGUCAAAAAGUUCUGUAACAAUUCAAACAUGCCCUUUCCAUUUAGAUUAAAGGCUAGUCUUUUAGAGUAUUUUUAUUCUAAUGACUCUGUCGUGCUCUCUAACUGUUUCGAGGAGAUUUUGAAGAAGGAUCCAACAUGCAGCCACUCAUUGGCAAGGCUUGUCAGCAUUCAUCAAAAUGGUAUAUUAUCAAUUAUCUUGCGGGAUUAUAGUCUGGAAUCCCUCAUGGAGAUGAUUGCUUUGCAUUUGGAAGCUACCUAUCCGGAGUCCAAUAUAUGGAGGGAGUUUGCCUCAUGCUUCCUCAAACUAUAUCAAUACGAAGAGGAUCGAUUGUCAGUAUGUCUCAAUGGGAACAAAGGUGAACAAAAAGCAAACCUCUCUGUUCAAUACAAAAGGAUGCCAAAAAUAUUUACCGAGGGAAAAUCAAGAAAUGCUUGGAGGCUAUGCUGCAAAUGGUGGUUAAAACGUCACUUUGGCAAGAAAAUGCUUGAGUCAGAAAUUGCUUCAGGGGUCUUGGAGCUUUUAACAUACAAAGCAGCAUGCGCAUCCCAUUUGUAUGGUCAAGAGUUCAACUAUGUUGUAAAGGUAUAUGCUCAUUUACAGGAACAAAAUGAUAGGGACCUACUCAAAUUCCUAAAAAUACAUAUGGAAAAUUCUGUCAGAUUAAAUUUGAAAUUUCAAGAGAAAUAAAUAAGAUAUAAUUUUCAUUUAAGAAUUGUCUGUUUCGUUCAGUUCUUCUUAGCUCAUUAUAUUAAUGGUGAAGGAAAGUGGCAUUGUAAAUUGUUCAUGCUUUUAGGACAAUGUUAAAACAUCAUGAAACACAACCAGUACAAACAUGGAAUGACAGAAGGAAUGUGAAGUAAAAAGAACAAAUAUUUGAUGUUUCCGGUCAA